GUGGACCUGCAGAUAAAUAACUGUGCAGACAGACAGAGGCAGAGGGCAACAGGAUGAGACGGAGGAGUGAGGACAACAUUCUGUCAGUUUGAAACAGAUUGAAUGUAACAUCAUGGCAGCAUCAAUAAAAGUUUCAGGAGCUUCACCCUUGACUCGCAGCUGGAGUAUGGAUUUUCUUCCACCACACAUGUCUGAGCUGAGGGUGGUUCUUCUGGGGAACUGCUGGAGACAGAGAUGCUCAGUGGGGAACCUUUUACUCAGUGAGGACAUAUUCAACAUUAACACAGAGUCACUGUCAUCGACAAAAAGCAGUGCACGACUGAAGGACAAAACCAUAACAGUCAUCAACACACCAGACCUUCUCCACCACGACUUCACUGAAGAGGAGCUGAAACAAAACAUACAAGAGUUUGCAGAUGCCUCAGACCCUGGGCCCCAUGUGCUCCUGCUGGUCCUUCAGCCUGAAGACUUCACCUCACAGCAGCAGGAGAGGCUCCAGAAAGUGCUAGAGACGUUCAGUGAAAACUCGUUUGAACAUUCGAUGGUGCUCAUCUCCACAGACAGAGAAGAAAGGAGCAUGUACACAAAUAAGUCACCCUUAGGAAAAAUGAUCAAGAAAUGCAGAUACAGGUAUAUGUGGAUAAAGAACUUAACUGAUGAGGAAGAAGAAGUGAAGAACUUUAAACUUGAAGAGCUGUUUUCACGACUGGGCCAGAUUGUCAAAGACAAUAAGGGCUAUAAUUUGAUCUAUGAAGUAUUUGAAGCUUCCUCUGCUCCUUUUCACACCACGGAACAAGAGGCAAAAGGCAGAAUUAUGGCAGAGGUUCAGGCUGGACUGACAGGACGAGACCCAACAAAAAGUAAAGUCACAGAAACAAGCCAUGAUACUAAUUUGGAACUUCGUAUUCUCCUGCUUGGAAAAAGUGAUGGCAAAAAGAAAGUUUUAAGUAAAUUUAUCAGUGGAGUCAAGUCACAUUGGAUCAGCAACCCAAAAGUGGAGAAUGGGGAAUGGAGAGGAAAGCGACUCACUGUAGUGAAAACUGCAGACCUCUUCAGUUUGUCUGUGGAACAAGUGAGACGAGAAAUAAAGUCAUGUGUGUCUGAGUGUCGUCCAGGACCAAACGUUCUACUGCUGCUGGUGAAGCCCUCAGACUUCACUGAAGACAACAGACAAACACUCAAGUUCAUCCUGACAAUGUUGGGUCCAAAUGCUUUUAAACACUCCAUUCUCAUCUUUACACAUCUUGAGCAGAAGACAGCCACUGUUAGCAAACUUCUUACAGAUUGUGAAGCAAGAUUCUAUCAAAUGCCAGAAGAAAACCACAGUGAUUUAAUGAGUAAAAUUGAGAACAUGGUUCAAACUAACCAAGGAGCCUUUGUUACUGUUAGUGACGACUUAAAAAUAUCCCUAAAUUUAGUUCUUUGUGGGAGAAAAGGUGCAGGGAAGACUUCUGUAGCAGAUGUGAUUUUAGGACAGAAAACAUCUGGAGAGAAGAGCUCAUCUGAAUGCAUCAAACGUCAGGGAGAGCUGCCUGGACUGUGUCUGUCCAUAGUGGAGAUGCCGUCUCUCUGUGGUAGUUCUGCUCAGACAGCGAUGGAGCAGUGCUUUAACAGCAUUACUCUGUGUGAUCCUGAUGGUGUCCAUGCCUUUGUCCUGGUUCUACCUUUGAACCCUCUCACUGAUGAAGACAAGGCAGAGUUUAAGAUCCUUAAGAACGCUCUGGGACCUCGUGUAGAUGCCUUCACCAUAGUUCUGUUCACUGUGGAGUCAGAUCCUUCAGCUCCAGAUUACAUUGACUUUGUGAGUCAUAACAAAGACCUGAAGGAGCUGUGCCAAAGCUGUGGUGGAGGAUAUCUCAUCUUCAACAUUAAAGACCAGCAGCAAGUCCCCCAAAUCUUAAAUAAAGUGCAAACUUUAACAAAGGACAGGAAUGUGCCCCAAAGUUACACCAAACAAAUGUUUAUGAAGACACAAAUAGAGAAGAUCACAGCUCUACAGAGCAACUCCCCUUCAACAGGAACAAGACCAGUCUCUGGGGGCACACAGCGUGCAGAGAGUCUGAGGAUUGUGCUGAUAGGAAAGACGGGCAGUGGAAAGAGCUCCUCUGCAAAUGCCAUCCUGGGACGAAAAGAGUUCAAAUCUCACUUAAGCCAAACGUCUGUGACCAAACGGUGUCAGAAAGCACAGGGGCAGGUGGAGGGUCGUCGUGUGGAGGUGGUGGACACUCCCGGCCUGUUCGACAGCACCAUGUCUCAUCAUGAGGUCAAUGAGGAAAUGCUCAAAUGCAUCAGUCUCCUGGCUCCAGGACCACACAUCUUUCUGUUGGUGCUGCAAAUCGGAAGAUUCACACCUGAGGAGAAAGAAACUCUGAAUUUGAUCAAGAAAGGAUUUGGCAAAGAUGCAGAAAAGUUCACAAUAGUUCUGUUCACACAUGGAGAUGACUUAGAAGAUGAUGGGCUCUCCCUUGAAGAAUUUAUUCAAAAAAAGUGUGAUGAUUCCUGUAAGAAGUUGAUCUCUGACUGUGGGAACAGGUGUCAUGUGUUUAAUAAUAGGGAAAAGAACACUCAAGUUGAGGAACUCAUAAAGAAGAUUGAUGAUGUGGUGAGAGCUAAUAGAGGGAGCUGCUACUCAAGUGAAAUGCUCCAGGAGGCUGAGGCAGCGAUUCAGAAAGAGACACAGAGAUUACUACAGGAAAAGGAAGAGGAGAUGAAAAGAAAGAUGGAAGAAAUUGAGCAAAAACACAAAAAGGAAAUGCAAGACAUCCAACAGAGAAUAGAUGAACAGAGGGAUGAAAUUAAAAAAGAUCUUCAAGAACGAGACAAUGAACUCGAAGAACUGACAGCAAAUAUAAAAAAAGAGCGUACUCAGAGAGAAGAGGAGCAGAAGCAGAGAGAGGAAGAAGAGCGGCUGAGGAAAGAACAAGACAGAGCCACGAGACAGGAGUAUGAACAGAAGCUUCAAGAGUUAGAGGUGAAAAUUAAAACAGAAUCAAAAGAGAGCUUUGACAAAAAACUGCAAGAGAGCAGAGAUAGAAUGGAAAAAGAACGGAGAGCUUGGGAGGAAGACAGGAAACAGUGGUGGGUUAACCGAGACAGGCUGGAUGAUUUAAGACGGCGGGAUGAGCACGCAAAACUAGAGAAACUAGAGCAGGAAUACAAGGACAAACUGGAAACGUACAGGAUUAAGAAAGAAGAAGAAGACCAAAACAGACAUGAACAAGAGGAGAAGAAGAGGAAGGAGUUACAGGAGAGACAUGACAAAGAAGUGGAGGAGAUGAGGAAGACGUACGAGGAAGAAGCCCGCAAGAAGGCAGAAGAGUUCAACGACUUUAAACGCAAGAAGGAGACAGACUUUGCAGCUCUGAUAGACAAACACUUACAGGAAGUUAAAAAUCUCAAAGAGGAAAUUAAACGAGGGCAAGAUGAAUUUAAAAGUUUGCAACAACUCGCUUCACACAAAGAGACGACUCUGAAAAGUGACAUGGAGGAACAGCUCAAGAAACACAAGAACGAGAUGAUUGAUGUGGCCAUUGUGGUUUUAGAGGAGAAGAAGGAAAACAGCAAGAAAAUCAGGAAGGCCCGGAAAAAACAUGAACAAGAACUGAUGAAAUGUAAGAAAGACAUUGAGAAGUUUCAACAAAAAGAGAAAGAAGAAAUUAAGGAACUGAAGACAAAACACCUACAAGAGAUGAGUGAUUUGGACACGGAUACCCAGGAUACUGAAGAACAACUGAGACAGCUAAAGUGUGACAUGUUGAGACAACAACAACAAGAGCUGGAGGAAAGAAUGGAAGAAGUGAAGCAAAAGCACGCGGACGAAAUGAAUACACUUACACAGACGCUCUUAAGAAAACAUGAGGAAAAGCAGAAUAAACAAAUCAUAGAGUUGGAGAAGAAACAGAAGCAGCAAAUGGAUGAGUUAGUCAAGAAAGCUGGAGGCAAAGAGAGUGCAAAAGAAGUAGAGCAGCUGAGGAUGAAACACCAACAGGAAAUGAAUGACAUAAAGAAGAAGAUAUUACCUGAAGAAGAACGGUGCUCCAUUUCAUAAUGUGAUUCAUUACACUGUGUGCUUUUUAUUCAUUAUUAUUAUUCAUUUUUUGCCACACUUGACUUUCUGUGUUAUUGUGUUGUUAAAGCUCGUCAUUCCAGUAAGAAUUGUAAAUAUUGCCUAGUUGGUGGUGUCAUACAGUUUUCACUUUAGAGGUACAUUUUUAUGCAUAACUUUUUGAGCUUUUAAAUGUUGUGGCCUUAUCAAAAACAUACCUUGACCUUCAUUUGCAAAUUUUAACUAAGUGUUCCUGUUUGCUCCCUCUGAGCCUCAAAAAUCACUCAGUUUCAAAUUUCCCAACUUAAAUAUAUAACAGAUAAUCUUGUGGUGUAUAAACCAUCACUGGACUCAUGAUACAAAUAAUGCAUGAUAUGUCAACUUUAAAAUAAAAUUGAUUAAAUGCACAGU